CUCUGUUGUGUUCCCUGUCAGGGCAGUCAUUGGUUGUAGCUGGAUGCCAUCUAGUUCUUCUGGUCUCAGGCUGAUGUAGUCUCUGAUUUAUGUGGCCCUUUCUGUCUCUUGGGCUCAUAAUUACCUUGUAUGUCUUUGGUGUUCUUCAUUCUCCUUUGCUUCAGGUAGGUUGAAACCAAUUGAUUCAUCUUAGAUGGCCGCUUGUUAGCGUUUAGGACCCCAGAAGCCACUCACCAAAGUGAGAUGCAGAAUGUUUUCUUAAUAGAUUUUAUUAUGCCAAUUGACCUAGAUGUCCCUUGAAACCGUGGUCCCCAAACCCCUGCCCCUGCUACUCUGGCCUUUGAAGCAUUCGGUUUAUUCAGGAAACUUCUUUCAAAUAUAUCAAUUCUUCACCUGUCUUCCUUUUUCAUUGUCCGGCUUUCGCAUGCAUACGAGGCAAAAAGACUAUGGCUUGGGUCAGGUGCGCCUUAGUCAUCAAAGUGAUAUCUUUGCUUUUUAAAACUUUGAAGAGGUCUUUUGCAGCAGAUUUGCCCAAUGCAAUACAUUGUUUGAUUUCUUUUUUUGCUUUAAUUUUUAUUUUAUUAUUGUACUUUAGAUGAAGGUUUACAGAACAAACUAGCUUCUCAUUAAACAGUUAGUACACAUGUUGGUUUCUGACAUUGGUUACCAACCCCACGACAUGUCAACACUCUCCCUUCUCGACCUUGAGUUCCCAAUCACCAGCUUUCCUGUCAGCUCCUGCCUUGUAGUCCUUACCCCUGGGCUUGUGUGCACCUUUAGUCUUGUUUUGUUUUAUGGGCUUGUCUAAUCUUUGGCUGAAGGGUGAACCUCAGGAGUGACUUCAUUACUGAGCUAAAAGGGUUUCUGGGGGCCAUAUUCUUGGGGUUUCUCCUGUCCCUGUCAGGCCAGUAAGUCUGGUCUUUUUUUGUGAGUUAGAAUUUUGUUCUACAUUUUUCUCCAACUUUGUCUGGGACCCUCUAUUGUGUUCCCUGUCAGAGCAGUCGGUGGUGGUAGCCAGGCACCAUCUAGUUGUACUGGACUCAGUCUGGUGGAGGCUGUGGUAAUUGUGGUCCAUUAGUCCUGUGGACUAAUCUUUCCCUUGUGUCUUUAGUUUUCUUCAUUCUCCCUUGCUCCUAGUGGGGUGAGACCAGUGGAGUAUCUCAGAUGGCUGCUCAUAAGCUUUUUAAGACCCCAGAUGCUACUCACCAAAGCAGAAUGUAAAACAUUUUCUUUAUAAACUAUGUUAUGCCAGUUGAGCUAGAUGUUCCCAAGACCAUGGUCCCCACUCGUUUGAUUUCUUGACUAUUGCUUCCAUGGAUGUUGAUCGUUGAUCUAAGUAGAAUGAAAUCAUUGACAACUUCAGUUUGUUACUCAUUUAUUAUGACGUUGUUUACUUAUCCAGUUGUGAGGAUUUUCACUUUCUUCACGUUCAGAUGCAAUCCGUAGUGAAAGCUAUAAUCUUUUACCACCAUUAGUAAGUCCUUCAGGUCUUGAUCAUAUGCUUCCUCGUGAAGUGGUUGAAGGUCAACCUAUUCUUUUUGUACAGUGGCUCUGUGUAUUCCUUCCAGCUUUUUUUCAUACUUUCUGUGUCAUUCAAUUUUUUGCCCCUAAAAUCCUUCAGUAUUGCAACACAAGACUUGAAUUUUUUUUUUAUCAGUUCUUUCCGCUUGAGAAAUGUUGAGCAUAUUCUUCCCUUUUGGUUUUCUGACUCUAGGUCUUUGCACAUUUCAUUAUCAUACUUUACCUUGUCAUCUCAAGCUGCCCUUUGAAAACUUUCAUUCAACUCUUUUACUUCAUGAUUUUUUCUAUUCACCUUGGCUACUCUGCACUUAAAAGCAAUUUUUAGAGUCUCUGCUGACAUCCAUUUUGGUCUUUUCCUUCUUUUCUUUGUAAUGGCCCUUUACUUUUUACAUGUAUGAUGUCUUCCCAUAACUCUUCUUGUCUUCAGUUAUUAGUAUUCAUUGCAUCAAAUCUAUUUUUGAGAUGGUCUCUAAAUUCAGGCAGAAUGUCUUCAAGGUUAUACUUUGGCUCAUGGACAUGCUUUGGUUUUCUUCAGCUUCAGCUUGAAUUUGCACGUGAGUAAUUGGUCUGGCUUUGUCUUGACUGAUGAUAUUGAGCUUCUCUAUUUUUCCCUCCACAGAUGUAGUUGAUUUGAUUCCCGGUGUAAUCCAUCCAGUGAAGUCCAAGUGUAUAAUCAUUGACUGUGUUGUUGAAAAAGGAAUCUGGAAACAGAAGAAACCCGUUCGUUUGGAACUGGAGGAUUCCUUUGCAUCAGAUACUAAAAUGAAAGAACCACUGUUAGAUAGUGAAUGUGACAAGGUGAUGGCUCCACAGCUGCGGCAGCUAGAUGAAAUUAAGACAGAACCGGACAGUGAUCAAGAAUAUUUUCAAGCCCAACAGCCCAGAAUUCAGGAGAGUGACCUGAAAAUGAGCACUGCAUUUUCAGACAGUGCUUCACAGUUGACUACAGGCAUUCAGCUUUCUCUGGCAUCAUCUGGCAUGAACAAAAUGCUUCCUUCAGUUUCAUCCACAGCUAUUCAGAUUUCCUGUUCUGGUUGUAAAAAAAUUCUCCAGAAGGGGCAAACUGCUUUUCAGAGAAAAGGGUCUACUCAGCUUUUCUGCUCCACGCCGUGCAUCACUGAAUACAUUGCAUCUGCCAGUUCACCAGCUCCUCCCAAGAGAACUUGCUCAAACUGCUCCAAAGAAAUUUUAAGUCAAAAGGAUGUGAUCAGUGUUCAGCUGGAAGAUACUACCUCUAGCAAAAAUUUUUGCAGCCAAUCUUGUCUUUCAUCAUAUGAAGAAAAAAGAAAAUUAUUUGUUACCGUAUGUAGUAAUAAUAAGAUUUUAACCAAAUGCAGCAUGUGUCAGAAGACUACUGUUAUUCAGUAUGAAGUAAAAUACCAGAACGUGAAACAUAGCCUUUGCAGUAAUACCUGCUUUUUAAAGUUUCACUCUGCUAACAACCUUGUCAUGAACUGUUGUGAGAACUGUGGGGUUUACUGUUAUACUAGCUCUAGUUCAUUCCACAUACUUCAAAUGGAAAGACAGUCCCAGUACUGUAAUAGUUUAAGGAAUAUUACAGCAUACAAGCAGAAACCAGCCAAAGUACUUCCAUCUGUUAUUUUCAAAUCACUGAAGCCCUCUGAUGAAAUUAUUGAGACUACCAAUGACUUUGGAAAGACAGAGCUUUUCUGCUCUAUUAGUUGUUUCUCUGCUUACAAUAAAGCUAACAUGGAAUCUUCUAGAGUAAAUGUUCCCAUGGUGCAAGAGGCUUCAACUGAGCUCCUUUCUCCAAAGAAAGACACAACUCCAGUUAUAAGCAAUAUAAUGUCAUUGGCAGAUCCUCACGGUGACCUUUCCAUUGUGAACUCUGAUGUCUUACAAGGUACAGUUUCUCCAGUAACACAAAAUGUCAUUGCAGAUAUUUCUGAGAGUUUACCCAGUGAAUCAAGUAGUGGUGUUGCUAAUCAUAGUGUGGAACAGCCAGGCCUUUCGCCAUCUUCAUCAGUACUCGGUCAGCAUACAAUUGGCUGCGAUACGGAGUUACAGAAAGGUAAAGUGUCAAGCCAGGGUCCUGCAUACAAUGUGAAAUCCAUGAAAAUAAAUGAUGAUGAACUAUGUCAACCAAAAUUUACAUCCAAAGUACAAAAAGUUAAAGGGAAAUCUCAAAGUAUUAAAAAAAUUUGGUGUUCCAAUCCAUGUCUGGAACACAGUGCGAAAAAGGAUGUGACAUUCUGUUAUUCGUGCCAUUUGUUCUGCCAAAAAAUUUUUAGCUCUGGAGGAGAGUCAUUUACAACCCAGGGAAUUUCUAAUUGGAAAAAAACUCUGGAAAAAUUCAGAAAGCAUGAAAAAAGUGAGAUGCAUUUGAAGUCAUUGCAAUUUUGGAGGGAAUACCAGUUUUGUGAUGAAGCUAUAAAUGAUAAUUUGUCUAUUCAUUCAAAAAAAAUUGAGGAAAAUAAAAACUAUCUAAAGUUUAUCAUUGAAAAUAUUCUGUUUCUUGGAAAGCAGUGUUUACCCUUCAGAGGGAAUGACCAGUCUGUUUCAUCUAUAAAUAAAGGGAAUUUUUUAGAAUUGUUAGAAAUCAGAGCAAAAGAUAAAGGAGAAGGAAUAUUUCGACUAAUGAACUCACAAGUUGACUUCUAUAAUAGUUCACAAAUUCAAACUGAAAUUAUUGAAAUAAUAAAGACUGAAAUGUUGCAGGAUAUUGUGAAUGAGAUCAAUGUCUCCUCAGCUUUUUCAGUAAUAUGUGAUGAAACAACUGAUAGUGCCACUAAAGAACAGCUUUCAGUUUGUGUAAGAUACCCACAAAAAACAUCAAAGGCUAUCUUAAUAAAAGAAAGAUUCUUGGGUUUUAUUGAUAUUGGAGAGAUAACUGGGACCAACUUACAUAGGAUUAUCAAAACUUACCUAGAGCAAAUUGGAGUUGAUUUGAAAAACAUACGUGGCCAGGCCUAUGAUAGUACCAUUAAUUUGAGGGGAAAAUUUAAUAAGAUUGCAGCAGAAUUCAAGAAGGAAGAGCCAAGAGCUUUAUACAUACAUUGUUAUGCACAUUUUUUGGAUUUAGCAGUCAUUCGGUUCUGUAAAGAAGUAAAAGAACUCCGAAGUACCCUAAAUACUCUUAGUACUUUGUUCAACACUAUUCAUAUGUCUGGGGAAAUGUUGGCAAAUUUUCAAAAUAUUUGUAAACUAAGCCAAAACAAAACAUGCAAGAAACAUUCAUCACAGUCAUGUUGGACAGUCCAUGAUCGUACAUUACUAUCUGUGAUUGAGGGUCUUCCAGAGAUUAUUGAAACACUGGAAGUUAUAUCAAGCCAUUCUUCAAACACAAAUUUGGCUGAUGAACUGAGCAAUUUGUUGACACUGGUGUCCAAAUUUGAAUUUAUCUUUUGUAUAAAAUUUCUUUAUCGAGUGCUGAGUGUUACAGAAAUUCUUUCCGAAGAGCUACAGAGUGAAACCAUGGACGUUUCUUCUUUGACUUCAAAAAUAGAAACAAUUUUUGAAUGUUUAUCAUCUGAGAGAAAUGAUAUCUAUUUUAAAAGUGUCUGGGAUGGAGCAGAAGAAAUAUGUAAAAAAAUAACCUGUAAAGGUUUUGAAGUUGAAAAACCUUCUUUUCAGAGAAGAAAAGUUCAGAAAGUAAUAGAUCAUAGUAAUUCAGAUAGUAUGUUUUUUUCUUCUUCAACUGAAGAACAAUAUAAAAUUAAUAUUUAUUACCAAGGAUUGGAUACUGUAUUGCAAAAUUUAAAAUUAUGUUUUUCAGAGUUUGAUUAUUGCAAAAUAAAGCAAAUUUCAGAACUGUUACUUAAAUGGAAUGAACCAUUAAAUGAAGCAACAGCCAAACAUGUUCAAGAAUUUUAUAAACUUGAUGCAGAUAUUAUCGCAGAACUUAGGUUUUAUCGGCACUAUGCAAAGCUCAACUUUGUCGUAGAUUAUGAUUCUGUCAACUUCAUAAAUCUUGGCUAUUUGUUUAUUCGGCAUGGUCUUCACAGUAAUAUUCCGGGCAUCUCACAGCUAUUACAUACGGCUUUGUCUUGGCCAAUUAGUUCAGCAAGUGCUAAAAGCUCAUUUUCUGUACUACCUCGCCUUAAAACAUAUUUAUGUCAUACCAUGGGACAGGAGAGGUGUAGUGACAUGGCCUUAAUGGCAAUUGAGCAGGAAUUGGUAAACAAACUGAUGGAGCCUGAAAGACUCAAUGGAAUUGUAGAAAAGUUUAUCAGUCAGAUGAAAGAAAUAUGAUGCUUGCUAAUUUGAAUUUACCUAAAAGAAUUUUGUAUUUCUAUUGGAAUGUUAUAGUUUUUAUUUCAAAAUUUUUAGAAAAAAAUUUUUCAACAAAACAUGUAACAUACCACAUGGUUCAGAAUUCAAGAUAUAAGAUGAUAUACAGUGAAAAAUUCUCUUCCCACUUUUAGCACCCAAUUCUCCCUCCCUGGGGUGUUAACAGUUUCUUAAAUAUUCUUCCAGAAAUAUUUUAUAUAUAGGGUGUUCUGCAGUGCACAUUGUUCUUCAGCUUGUUCUUUCUCCUGAGUAUGAUAGUUUUGAGAUCAUCUCAUGUCAGUACAUAGUUUCUUGAUCCUUUUUUGUUUACAACUAUAUAAGAUUUUAUUGUGUGAAUGUACCAUAAAAUAUUUGGGCAGUCUCUACUGAUAGAUACUCUUAACUCUUUCCAAUCUUUUGCUAUUGUAAAUAAUGCUCCAUUUAAUAACCCUGAAUAUAGGUAAUAUUGCACUUGAGUGAAUUUCUAUAAGAUAAAUUCUAAAAUCGUAAUUACUGGAUCAAAAGAGUUGUACAUUUUUAUUUUUGAUAGAUAUCAGUAAAUUGCUUUCAAUAGGGGUUAUGUCAGUUUGCACUCCCAGGAAUCUUCACAGUAUUAUCAAACUUUUUGAUCUUCGCUAAUCUCUUAGUUGAAAACUGGUAUUUUAAUCUCAGUGCGUUUCAAUUUGUGUUUCUCUUAAAAAUAAGGUUGGGGAUUUGUAACCUUUCACUUAAACACAAUAAAAAUUGAAAAAAAAAAUAAGGUUGGGUAUCUUUUUAUUUGAGCCAUUUGUAUUACCUUUUUUGUGAACUGUACAUUUAAACAUUAAAACUCAAGUAUUGCUAUGUUUUUGGUUUAUGAAAAUGACUAUAUUUUUCAAAUA